GAGAGCAUCAAGUCACCAGGACAGCUCCACCAUCCACAGACUGUGAGGUACAAGUGCCACAAGGAGACUAUAUUCCCGUGAAAUAAUGGAUGGGACAAAGCCGGCCAUGGAGUCCAACGCGGAGGAGACCCAGGACGAGGGACAAGAGAGCAAAGGAUGCUUCGAGUGCUGCAUCAAGUGUCUGGGCGGCGUGCCCUACGCCUCGCUGGUGGCCACCAUCCUCUGCUUCUCGGGCGUGGCUCUGUUCUGCGGCUGCGGCCACGUGGCGCUGAGCGGCACCCUGACCAUGCUGGAGAACCACUUCUCCACGGUCACCACGGACCACGCCACCCUCGCCAUGGUGAUUCAGAUCUUUCAGUACAUCAUCUACGGCAUCGCCUCCUUCUUCUUCGUCUACGCCAUCAUCCUGCUGGCUGAGGGCUUCUACACCACCAGCGCCAUCAAGAAGGAGCUGCAGAGCGACUUCAAGACCACCGUGUGCGGACGCUGCAUCACUGCCUUCUUCAUGUUCCUGACCUACAUCCUCGCUCUGGCCUUCCUCGCCAUCUUCGGCUUCACGGCGAUACCCGUGUUCCUCUUCUUCAACAUGUGGAAUACCUGCGCUGCCAUGAGGUCUCCUGACUCCAACAUCACCGCGCCCGACUCCAUCUGUGUGGACGUCAGGCAGUACGGUAUUAUUCCCUGGAACGCCACUCCGGGCAAAGCUUGUGGAUCCACACUGGGAGACAUCUGUAACACCAACGAGUUCUACCUGUCCUACCACCUCUACAUUGUUGCGUUCGCCGGCGCCGGAGCCACCGUCAUCGCAUUGAUCCACUACCUGAUGAUUCUGGGGGCCAACUGGGCCUACCUGAAGAGCGCCGUCUCCACGCACGAGUACCAGGACAUCAAGACCAAGGACGACCAGGAUCUGGAGGCUGAGGCGCGCUCCAAGGAGGGCCAGAACUCCUCCUCCUACUCAUAAGGACAAGCGAUCCUCUCCCACCACCUCCACCACCUCCACCCAUCUCCUCUCCACACCUCCGACCCCCCACCCUGCUACCCCCGGCGCCCACCCCUCCCUCCGUUAAAACAAACCACCUCGGUCAUGUUUGAUAGUCCCCCAUCCUCCUGAUUCUCCAUCCUCUUCCCUUCCACGAUGUUUAUUCAGAGUUGUGGGCUCACACCAGAAGGGAAGAGAAUAGAGGAUCGGGAGAAGCGGCAGGCCCAGACGGAGGCGGAUGCUUCGGAACGGGAGAGCUCGCCCGCCCGCCGGGUUCGAGCUCAGGUACGUUACAUCGGUUCAGAAGCGUCUCCUCCCCCGUGCUUUUUGGGCGGCGGCUCGUGAACGUGGCCCGGCUGUGAUGGCCUCGCGCCCUGAGCCAGCACAGCCUCUCGACACACACGCUCCUAAAAAAAAAAAAAAAAACAUUGUUCACUGUCUGCUUCAGCCACAGGGAAGCCAGGCAGCGACCACCUUCCUCCGUUUUUUGGUGUUUUAUAUGCAUAUAUAUAUGAAUAUGAAUAUAUUGUGCGAAUGUGUACGAAUGUUGUUGUUUUUUUUAAUACUCUCUGAAAAGUAUGCCAGGUACUAUUACGACCUUUCUUCUUUAUGGUUUUUGCGCUCAUUAGGUUUUUUCUCCUUUACUUUCUUCUCCAUUUUAGACUUUUUAUUGCUAAUGCUCGAUACGUUGUUGCACUAUUGCGAAACAAAAAAAAAAUGGAGGAUGAGAAUCCCUUAAAAAAACACGAAGCACCCCAGCCCCCCCUCUCUCAUAGAAAACACCUAAAAAGACUCAAAUCAUGUGGUAUCUCAAGGAUUUUUUGUGCAUUUACAUGAUCAGAGUUUAUUUACUGCCAAGGUAUUAACCGUUUAUUUAGGACCAGAGGUGUAGCAGACUUUUACUGAACGAAUAGUUUGGGGAAAUACGCUUAUUUACUUUCUUGUCAGGGGUUUAAUUAGAAUCUUGAGACUAAAGUUACGGUGCUUCUGAGUUGGGAAGUUUUU